AUGCGCCCCCAGUACCGCAUCACUGAGACUGUCCAGAGCUCAGCAUACAUUACACUGUCGCAACGGGACACGUGGGCCGACAUUCAGCCCAUCCAGCAAGAUGACGGUCCGGCCCCUGUUGUGCCCAUCAUGUACUCGGAAGAGUACAGGGACGCCAUGGACUACUUUCGCGCAAUCUCGGCGGCUGCUGAAAAGUCUGAAAGAGCCUUAGAGCUGACCGAGACCAUAAUCCGAAUGAACCCGGCUCAUUACACUGUCUGGCAGUACCGCUUCGCGACUCUCAUCGCUCUGAACAAAUCUUUGGAAGAAGAGCUUCAAUUGAUGAAUGAAUUUGCGGUUCAGAACUUGAAGAGUUACCAGGUCUGGCAUCAUCGUCUUUUACUCUUGAGUGCCAUCUCUCCAGAAGACCCCGCGUUCGAGAUCGACUAUAUCCACCGUUCGCUCUUACCAGACCCCAAAAAUUACCAUACCUGGGCCUACCUUCAUUGGCUAUACUCCAACUUUUCUACUCUUGGGAGGAUAUCGGAUGCUCAAUGGAAGGAAGAGCUAGCCUGGUGUGAGGAAAUGCUGCGCGUGGAUGGGAGGAACAACAGCGCGUGGGGGUGGCGGUGGUUCUUGAGGGUCUCUCGACCUGGGGCCGACCUCUCUACGGGCGCUCAGAAAGACGAGCUCGACUACGUGCUCAAAGCCAUUCAUCACAUCCCGCACAACGUGUCUGCGUGGAACUACUUGCGAGGUCUGCUCAAGUCACAGAGUCUUCCUCUCUCGCCUCUUCUUCCGUCUGUGGUUCCAUACACCGGAUGGGAUAGUUUAUCCCCCGCGGACCUCGAGUCAUACAGCUUCCCCAUUCCUUCAGAUGUCCUCCCGAAGGACACGCCUCUACCUGUACCCCUUGCUUUGGAAUAUCUAGGCGACGCCCUGGCCGAGCAAGGCAAGCUCGACGAGGCAGGACAAGUAUUUGGAGAUCUCAGUGUCAAGUAUGAUAGAAUGAGGGCUGGCUAUUGGGAGCUCAAGAGGCGCCAGUGUGUCGAGCAGUAG